AUGAUCGACUCUACAACUACCAAUGGGUCUUCCCAGCCUCGGCAUCAUACACCAGUAUCUGAACUUCUGAAAAAUGCAGGCUUGUUCGAGGCAAGGGGAUUCGUUGCAGGCAAGUGGAGAACUGCAUCAAAUAAUGCAACGUUUCCUGUCUAUGAACCUGCUACUGGACUGGUACUCGGUGAAUGUGCGAAUUUCUCCAAAGACGCAUUUGCAAACUCUAUUGACACCUGCCACGACGGAUAUCAAGAAUUUUGGAGCCAAUUUACGGCCAAAGAGAGGGCUAAGAUAUUGAGAAGAUGGAAUGACUCAAUUCUGGAGAACGUCGAUGAUUUGGCUACAAUCCUCUCCCUCGAAAACGGAAAGGCCAUCUCUGAGGCCCGCGGCGAGAUAGCCUAUGCCGCAUCAUUCGUUCAAUGGUUUUCCGAAGAAUGCACACGAUCGUAUGGUGACAAUAUCCCUAGCUCGUAUCCUAGUUCUAUGGUCUUUACCAGUAAAGAGCCAGUAGGAGUGUGCGGCAUUAUCACGCCAUGGAAUUUUCCAGCAGCAAUGAUAACGAGGAAGAUUGCACCUGCUUUCGCUGCUGGCUGCUCAGUAGUCAUCAAGCCUCCGAGCGAAACGCCAUUCACAGCAGCAGCACUUACCAAAUUAGCUCUGGCCGCAGGAGUCCCUGAUAAUGUCAUUGCCUUGGUGCCAACAAAGGAUCGAGAAGCCUCUUUAGAGCUUGCAAUAAACCCGAAGGUAAAGAAGAUUAGCUUUACGGGAUCCACCGCUGUGGGCAAAAUGCUGACAAGCCUUGCUUCGGGAACGAUGAAGAAGGUGAGUAUGGAGUUGGGCGGCAAUGCACCCUUCGUGGUAUUUGAGGAUGCGGAUUUAGACAUUGCCGUCGACGCCGCUCUUGUUUGCAAGUUUAGGUCUUCGGGACAAACAUGUGUUUGUGCCAACCGCCUCCUAGUUCACGAAAGCGUUGUAGAUGCCUUUUCCGAGAGACUGGUUGCUAAAGUGAAGAAGAUGCAACUCGGCAAAGGCAUCAACGCCAACACAACACAUGGUCCGCUAGUAAACGCGGCAGCUGUGGACAAAGUGGAACGACAUGUUCAGGACGCGCUCAAAAAGGGUGGCCAAUUGAGGAUUGGCGGUAGACGCCCAGAGGGGCUCACUGGGUACUUUUACGAGCCCACUGUCAUCACUGGAGCUACGAAGGAUAUGGAAGUUGCAAAAGAUGAGACAUUUGGGCCCCUGGCACCUAUAUUCGAGUUUUCCACGGAGCAAGAAGCACUCGAUCUAGCAAACGAUACCGAGUUCGGUUUGGCUGGCUACUUCUUCACUAAGGACAUCAGCCGAGUGCUUCGUGUAGCUGGAGCACUGCAGGUGGGUAUGAUUGGGGUAAAUACAGGACUCAUAAGUGCAGCAGAAACGCCAUUUGGAGGUAUCAACGAAUCUGGCGUGGGCCGAGAGGGCAGCAAGUAUGGUCUGGCGGAAUAUCAGAACAUUAAAGCAGUAACGAUUGGUGCUAUCAAGGCGUAG